AUGAGCGUUCCAAGAGCGAGGCUCCUAGAGCUUAUGAAGACGCAAUGCCAGGUCUUUGCGACAGUAUAUAACCCCGACGGUCUGCGCCUCGGAAACAAGGUCCUCCGCCAGAGACUACGCGGCCCGGCGCUUGCGGCGUACUACCCCAGGAGGACGGUGUCUGUGAAGCAGAUGAAUGCCAUGUUUGGGCCGAAUGUCGAGACGUGGGAUGAGGACGAGCAGGAGAGGCUGGAGCAUAUUGAGGAGGUGCAUGCCAGAGGAAAGCGAGCGCCUAAGAAGAAGACUGGACCUCCUGCCGCCCCGACUCGGAGAAAGUAA